GGAGGAGGAGAAGGAGGUGGUGGAGGAGGAGGAGCACAGCUGUGGCAGCAACAAGCAGGGACCAGGACGUACUUCUCUCCAGAUACUCCGGGAGCUCCAGCUGAAUAAGCUCCGCGCCUGCAUAACUCCACCAUCUCCUAAAACUUUGGCUCUAACGUUAUUAUUAUUAUUAUUAUAACUAUUAAUUUAUUGAUUAAAAAAGCUAAUCCACGUAAGGGGUGUGUGUGUAAGGAGUCCUUGGAGACACUGAAAACAACUACCACAAAAAAAAAGGAAAAUAAAAAAGCCCCAGAACCACCUGGGAUCCGUUCUGGGAGUCCUGAAACCAACAAGUGAGAAGCAGCAGCUGUGGGAAAGGCAGCGGCGGCAGCGGCAAACCACAGCAGCAGCCACUGGAGAAGGAGAAAGAGCAAGAAGCUGAACCCUCGGAAGCCCCAGCUGCCACCGCUGCUGCUGCCGCUGCCCCGGCACCUUUCGGCUGAGGGAGAGGCAGUAGUCGGGGACUGGGGAAGAAGCCGGACUUGUGGUUGUCUUUUCUCCCAGACGGGUUGAGAGAGCUGCGGCAGCGGCGCCCCGGGUUGUUCGCGCUUGACUGGGAGCAGCUGGUCCCCUGGGAAUUAUGCAGCGCGUGUGGAUACUGCUCACCUUUGGCUUGGUGGCCUGUGUGUCCGGAGAGUCGAGGGCAGAGCUGACUUCUGAUAAAGACAUGUACCUUGACAACAGCUCUAUUGAAGAAGCAUCAGGCGUUUAUCCUAUCGAUGAUGACGAUUAUGCAUCUGCCUCUGGCUCAGGAGCUGAGGAGGAAAUAGUAGAAAGUCCACAGAUGCCAACGUCUCGAACAAUUCCAAAGAUACCAUUCACUAGUGAUGCUCCAAAAGUUGAGACAACGACACUGAAAAUACAGACUAAGAUUCCUGCUCAAACAAAGUCACCUGAAGAAAUUGACAAGGAGAAAGUUCGCAUCUCAGACUCCGGCACAAAGAUUGAGACACCUGAUGAAGACACAAAUGUGUAUACUGAGAAGCACUCGGACAAUCUGUUUAAGAGGACAGAAGUACUGGCAGCUGUCAUUGCUGGUGGAGUUAUUGGCUUUCUCUUUGCAAUUUUCCUUAUCUUGCUGUUGGUAUAUCGCAUGAGGAAGAAGGAUGAAGGCAGCUAUGACCUUGGAGAACGGAAACCAUCCAGUGCUGCUUAUCAAAAGGCACCUACUAAGGAGUUUUAUGCGUGAAACUUCCAUUUAGUGUCUCUAUUUAUGAGAUCACUGAACUUUUAAAAAUAAAGCUUUUGCAUAGAAUAAUGAAGAUCUUUGUUUUUUUUUUUUUCAUUAAAGAGCCAUUCUGGCACCUUUAUGAUAAAGUCCCAUUGUAUUUAAAACUUUUCAUGUAUUCCUUUAGAACAACAUAAAAUUAAAACUUAACAUCUGCAGUGUUCUGUGAAUAGCAGUGGCAAAAUAUUAUUUUAUAAAAAGAAAAAACCUCAAUGUUCACGGAAUCAUUUUAAACCUUUAUGCGUAAAUAUGAAAACAAUGAUCUGAUUGUUUUAUCCUAUGGUUCGAUGAUGAAAGUUGUUUAAUUUUUGUCAGCAUGUCUCAGAUCAGUCUUACAAGUUAGUCUUAUUUCAUUAAUUUAUCUGUUUCUUACCCCACCACCUCCCCACCCCCCACCCCCGGCUCCUUUUCUUCUCUUGCCCCUUCCUCCUUUCUCACCCUCCUUCCCCCACCCCAGUUUACCUUUUGUAGCUGUCAUGGUGCAAUUUGUCUUUGGAUAAUUCAGAUAAAGGUAAUUUAGUGUAAAUGUGAUUUUCAGAGAUGUCAGCUUCACCUCCACUUUGUAUAAAUUUCUGAGUGUUGGAAUAUCCAUUUUACACUUGCUUUGUUUCUCAGUGUACCUGUAGCUGCAGACAGAUUUAUAACAGCAUAUUAAGGUGUAAAAUUGGGUUGUUAUCACAAAAACUGUACAGUCGUAUCUUUACCAGUCAGAUCUUCCUUCAGGAGGAGCUGGUGUAAGUUACUGACAAACCUAAGCCGACCCAAAGACCCUUAACAGUAUUCCGAGAAGUUGCUGCAGAUUCCUAUGGUCACUGUAUUUGUUAAUUUCUUGCAAUUUGAAGGUACGAGUAGGGGUUUAAAGAAAACAAAUCAGUUUUUGUUCUUUAAAAACAUGCAUUUAAGUUGUAAACGUCUUUUUAAGCCUUUGAAGUGCCUAUGAUUCUAUGUAACUUGUCGCAGACUGGUGUUAAUGAGUAUAUAUAACAGUAAAAAACAAAAAAGAAGUUGGUAUUUUAUAAGCACAGACAAUUCUAAUGGUAACUUUUGUAGUCUUAUGGAUAGACAUAAAUUGUAAUUUGGGAACAUAAACACUACUGAAUAAAUCAUGUGGCCUAAUAUGGAAAAUGUCAUUGUUAUAGAUUUUACACAUUUUCGACCAAAUGUACACCUUUCCCCAUCAACUUCUGAUUCUGUUUAUUAUCACGAAUGACGUGGGUUUGAUUUCAGGGGGUGCUAUUUGUAACUCAAGACCAAAGAAGCCAUUGAUGAGGCUGUUUUGUAGCAAGACUCCCUUCUGAAUUAGCCAGAGGAAACCCGAAUAGAUCAUCUCGUAUGUGUGUGUGCGCGCAUGUUAGUGUAAAAAUUUGGAAGGUUGCCAAUGAAUUAUGAGGCUUGCAACCUCUAUAGAAUAGCUGAUGGCAAUCUGAGAUAGACUCCUGCUUUUUGCAGAUAACUCUUUUCAGGACUAUGGGUUCUAAAGGUAUGAAAGGGGGUUUUCCUGAAUGAGAUAUCUGAGGCUUAGUCAUUGGUUUGAUUUGCCUUUAAAUUUUUUGCUUCAUCUCUCUCCUGAAAGCUUAACAGAAGCAUAAUAUAGUUCCCUCCAAAGAGGGUGAAAUUGUAUCUUUCUCUCUACAUGGCAGAAAGGCCUGGCUGUUGAGUAUCCAAAUGGGGGGAAAGCAACUUAUAUGUUAUGAGAAGAACAUGGCGUGUGUCUCCACUGUGUUUAUCUUUUAGACAUUACCUACUUCAGUUAACCAAAGCUUGCUCUCUCUCUUUUUUAAUUCUGACCCACCAAUUUAGGAAUAAAAAUAUCAGUAGUAAAAUUUUUCUGGAGUGCAACUCACUUGAUAAUGGAUGAUCCACUUUUCUGGGAGCUUCUUUGAGUUCUCAUAGAACCUCAGAGGGUCCCUCCCAAAAGCAAACACCAGAGCAUUGUCUUCUUAAACUCUAAUGGCCUUAACACUCAAGAUUAUGUCCAAUGAGUGUAGAAACAAUCUCAUUUUUUAAAAAGUGUAAAGAAAAUUACAGCAUGUUUUGAAGUUACUCAAUGUCCAUCCAUUACUAAAAAGUUAAGAAUGUAGUGGAAAUACCUCUCAUUGUACUAAGGGCAGUGAAAUUCAAAUCCUACAACUGCUUGGAAUCACUGUGCCAGGAAAAGGAAAUUCUGGCAAAUAUUUUGUCACUGCUGUAAAGCAAAGUAUUUGUUAAAGUGCCAAAAUAAAGUCUGUCAUGCCUAAAGUAAAAA